AAUUACACUAUUUAUUUAAUUUUGCCAAUACAAAGUUUGGGUUUGUCACGGAGUUGAUGUAACUGUGGCACAUACCAUAAUAACCAUUUCAUCAUUCAUUAUUCAUUUUCACACAUGCGUGAUUUGCUUUACUUGGCUGUGUUGAAUGACGACAACUACGAUUUUUCCGCCUUGAUACUGAACUUUGGUUAUGAAUUGCUCUGAACCUAAGCAAUGAGUAGAGGAAAUUGAGAUUUCCAGCCUGGUCUUAUUAUCACAGAACAAAAUGCGUCGCCCCAAAAACUAUUCACGUUGGGUGUUGAUGAUUAUUGUACAACUGGUCGUGUUUUCCGUAUGUGUAGUAAUUUUCAUUUUUAAGGGAACCAGAACUCUAAAAUAUGGACUCAAAUACGCCGAGGAGAUCAUUGCAAGCAUAGGGGCAGACGGUCAACGUAGGGAAGACAACCUACGUAUUAUGAGUGAAAUGCAAUGGGACUUUAUGAAGAUCCAAGAAAAAUACAUGUGGAAUGAGUGUCGAAGUAGGAAAGCAAUCCGAGAUGUUAUGUGGUUGUCAGUCCUAGUGAAUGAUGAAUAUGUCAUUCCAGCAGUUGUGCUGGGACACACGAUUAGAGUAUUUUCUUGUGUAAAGACAAUGACUGUAUUUGUGUCAAAUGAAGUAAGCAAAUCUGGACAAAAAGCUUUGGAGAAGGUUGGCUGGUCUGUGAAAGAAGUCGAGGCUAUGGAUUGUCACUGGAUGGAAAAAAAGUUAGGAAAAGAAUUGUCUAUCAAUGAUGGUAUUAUAGGUACACAUACCAGGUUUCAUGCCUGGAAUUACACACACUACAGAAAGAUCAUCUACGCUGACCCAGAUAUAAUGCUUAUGAGUAACAUGGAUGAGCUAUUUGCAAUUCCUGACGAAUUUGCUGCGGCUUACUGUGGUCGAAGCGGUAUGGUAGACCCAUGCUUCAAUGCUGGUUUAUUGGUAUUCAAACCAAGCCACCAUGAUUAUGAAAUGAUUAUGAAAAUGUGGCACCAUGUCUCGCAGGUUGAUGCGUGUCCUAAUGAUCAACGGCUGUUAUGGCAUUAUUAUGCAGAUCGCGGCUUGUGGAAACCACUAUCGUUUGCCUAUAAUGUCCGUAGAAUACUUCACCAUCCUAUGAAAGCUUAUCACUUUGUUAGAUAUCCAUUGCCUAAGCCAUGGAAGACAGACUGCCGUCCUAGCCGCAAAGAAGCUUUCUACUAUGACUCCCCCAUAACCGAUCUGUACGGCAUGACAACUGUCUUCUGGAAAAGAUUUUAUGCUGCUUUGGAUAAGUAUGAUAUUGACAAGAACUGGUGGAGAAAUACAGAGUUUUUUAAAUCUGAUUUAGAAUUUGGAAGCUCUUUAUUUAUGGAGUGUUUAUUUAAAAAAGAUAUAAAUAUUAUAAGUUAAAGAAUUUCUUAUUGACAUUAAUUUGAUAUGUAAUGUAAAAAAAACAAUAUGCAAUAUAAUGUGGCUGUUAAUUUAUAUGAGUUUUAUAUAAAAAAAAGUCAAUUUGGUUUCUGUUUACAUAGUCAAUUCUGCUGAAAAAAGUUCCAAAGUUGAUAAGCUUAAAGCCAUGUUGUCACCACAUUUAGAAUUUUUCAAUUUUUGUAUAUUGCAAUAUUGUGCAAAUGCUUUUAUGCUUGCUGCUUUUAAAUUUCCCUAGAUUGUUUGAUCUAGAGCUCUAUUCUUUAUGGAAUCUUAGCAGCGCUUGGCACUUGUACUUCAUACUUAUUGGAAUAAUACUAAUUUACCAUGGCUAUAGAGCUCAGGAUGUUAUGGUAAUUAAAUAUGCAAAGUGAAAAGAUAAAGAUUAAAAGAAAGUAAAUAAAAAUAACAAGGUUUCCAAUAAACCAAAUAAGGCAAUUUAUGACCUUAUGUUUUCUUGUACUGUACACUUGGUUUGUGCAGGGUUUUGAUCAUGUGACAGGGCUGUUCAACAUCAGAUAUCACCUAUUGUUUAUUUCCUUUAAAGUUUGCUGGGUUUCCUAACCAGUCUUUUUGGUAAACUAUGGUAAAUGCUAAGUAUUUGCAAGUUAUAUUGGAAGACCUCAAUGUUAUGGUAGGAUGGUCAGAUCCGUCAUCCCUAAACUUUUUGUGGUCUUUCUAUUGCACUCCUGACUAAGCAAUAUCGUAUUUCCAAGCAAUAGUCUUUGUGUGGUUUGCCUGUGAUUUGAUAACACAGUGAUCCAGGGUCACCAGCUCAGGCUACUUGUAUAAGUAACAUUAGUAUCUUUAUAAGCUGAGAGUAUCCAGAAGUCUUCUAUGUGGUGCUUUGUCAUUACUUAUAUUCGUGGUUAAGUUUAUAGUCUACAAUAAGUUUUUUCAAUUUUUCAGCAAAAAUACAGUUAUUAGUAUGUUGGGAGAGUGCUCUAGGACAUCAUUCAGUCUGUUGGGGCAUAAUUGAGAGCUGUGCUUACGGAUAUUUUUUAAGAGCAGGUGGAUUCGUGGGGAUUUUUUUAUCUUGUUUGGCUUUGCCUGGAUGAGGAAAAAAUCUAGUGUAUCAUCACAGCUCUCCUAAAACUCCAAAAAUAUUUAAACUGCUUUUCUGGGUCUCUAUGACAUGAAAUUGAUUUAUUUGGUUUUGGGGUGAAAAAAAGCGCACGGACAUUCUCAUACAAUACCAAGAGGAAAAAUCAAAGUUUCUUAUCCGCUUAUGAGUAAAGACUCAAAGAAAUGCUACUGAGAAUUUUUUGAGAGUUUUUUUUAUUUAAUACGAAUAUAUCAACAACUUUUUGAAAUAAGGGUAACGGUGUCGGUUUUUGCGUAUUAACUGCAUUUUUUCUUCAAAUUUGUUUUAAAAGAAGGUCGAAAAAAGUUUUUUUUUACUAUUUCUUUUUAAUUAUAACUUAUUUUUCACUAUAUCAACGCAACUAUAUCAAUUCAGGAGUCCUUUGAAAUUGAGAAAUAUUGAUAAUAAAAGAGCGCUAUAUCUUUUUGUAAGAGAGCGUUAUAUCUUUUGAACUAGAAGGUAUUUUUUAAUGGAAUAUCGGAAUAAAAAACACAGAGAACAGCUCACGUAAGCAAAAUAUCAUUUUUGAAAAUAACUUUUCUACCUCUCUUACAAAUUUGUCUAUAAAUUACAAUCUUUGUAUAUGUGAAGAAAAUGUGAUACCACUUGCUCAAAAACCAAAAUCUUGAAACUACUACUUGCGCAUGCGUAUACGCUACAGGCUUGACGCGCGCGCGCAUAAAAAAGAUAAAGCUAACAAAUUCGCCCAAGACAAUUUUUUUCAGAGAUCCAUGCCAUUAAAAGUUGCUUGUAUUUGGGUACCUUAGCGAGGGAUGGAGUUCUAGGCAUGACGUUCCCCAGAAUGAACUGUUAACAACCCGAAAGAUUACGAGUGUGUGAAUUCGACGAGAAAAUGAUUUAUAAUUUCUUUGAAAAACAAAACCGAGCCGCCUUUAACCAAAACACAAAUUUUGUCUUUAGCAUCAUAUUAAAGUAUCAGAAAAGAUAGGAAGAUAGGCCUCUUUUUCUUGAAAAAGAGCUAGCGAAAACUUUAUCUCAACAUACUAGAAUCCUUCGCUCUCCCCUCUCGCACUCUGUCUUACUUUAUUCUGUCUUCUUCUCAGUUGUUUGUUAGCUUGUUGACCUUGUAUGACCUCAUCAUGGGUUCCCUGUGUUAGCUAACGGAAUCCAAAACGGAGUGAAUGGGAAUUACCCUGUAGAAGACAAGACAUGGGUAAGGCCCGAUGGGCCUACAUUUUGUCAGUGGUCGACGGUGAACGGGAAAACCUCGGGAGAAAAUUCAGCGACAUCUCCACACUUCCACGAGCCGCCGCC